CAGAUACUACCCUUCCUUACCUUGCUUAACCUUACUCCACCAACCCACCUGCAUGCAUUCAACUAAAUAAAUCAUUUACAUAUAAAACCAUCUCACACUUCUUAACUGCAAAGAAAUUUUGAGAAAAAGAUAUUCAAAGUGGCGCAUAUCAAGAAGAUUGUUUUUUUCAGUAUCCCUUUAUUCUUAUCCUUUGUCGCUCUGCUUAUUACCUUGCGAAAAGGUCCUGGGACGUGGAAUAUAGCGGGUCUUGAUCUUGGAUUUGGUGAAGAGGGUAGAGCGGGAAAGGAAUUUAUUACUGAGGAUUAUAAGGACGUGGGCGUCGGAGACAAUAUGGGUGGUGGUGAUGGGUAUCGCGCUGUGGCGUAUUUUGUUAAUGUAGGUUUGGAUUGGUGUUUCUUUAUCUUUCGGGGGGUUUGUGGGUGAGAGUUUGCCGGGUUAAAGGGGCGGGAUGGUGCUUGAAGUCGGAAAGAUUAUUGAGCUCGGGGAUUUGAAAUUGGGGAUCUGGUUCUAAAUACCAUCUUGAGAGGUGGUGGAACAAUGAUACGGUGCUGUAUAAGUGUACACGAUGAUCUCGUGAUUUCCAUUCACAGCACCACCAUCCGGAAAAACGAGGAUGGCGAGAUGGCGGAAGCUUUAUGAUAAAAAAAUACUGACAGCUAUUUAGUGGGCAAUCUACGGCCGCAAACACUUUCCCCAGGAACUUCCCGCUGAAAAAUUAACUCACAUCCUCUACGCUUUCGCCAAUGUUCGCCCGGAAUCGGGUGAGGUGUACAUGACUGAUGGCUGGGCCGACACCGAUAUUCAUUUCGAAGGAGAUUCCUGGAAUGACGUCGGUACUAAUUUAUAUGGCUGCUUGAAGCAACUCAAUAUCCUCAAAUCUCGAAAUCGCUCCUUGAAGAUUCUGCUAAGUAUUGGUGGCUGGACCUAUUCAUCUAAUUUCGCCCAACCAGCUUCUACAGAGAGUGGAAGAAGAAGGUUUGCCGAGAGCGCGGUGGAUUUGAUUAGGAACUUGGGAUUUGACGGAAUUGAUAUCGAUUGGGAAUAUCCUAAAAAUACCGAUGAGGCACGGGAUUACGUUCUUCUCUUGAGGGAAUGUAGGGAAGCCAUGGAUCGCUAUUCCAGCACUCUACCUAACUUUCACCACUUCGAACUCACGGUAGCUUGUCCCGCCGGCCCUCAAAAUUACAACAACAUGGAUGUUCGUGGCAUGAACGAAUAUCUGGAUUUCUGGAAUCUAAUGGCUUACGACUAUGCGGGAUCAUGGGAUAGCGUUGCAGGACACCAGGCAAAUCUACACCCGAGUGAAAGUAAUCCAGAUUCCACGCCAUUUAAUACCGAACAUGCGGUAAGAGCUUAUGAAGCGAGAGGUGUACAGGGACAUAAAAUUGUACUUGGGAUGCCGAUUUAUGGAAGGGCGUUUCAGGGGACUGAGGGUUUGGGAAAACCAUUUAAUGGCGUGGGAGAGGGCACUUGGGAAAAUGGUGUGCAUGAUUUUAAGAAGUUGCCACAAGAGGGCGCGAGAGAGAUUGUGAAUGCGGAGACUUGUGCUAGUUAUUGUGAGUUGUUUUGUUUUGUUUUCCCUACCUUUUUCUAUCUUUGUCUUCUUUAUCGGCGUUUAAGAUAAAGGAUUAUGGAUAGAAUGAUAUGUCAAUGAAUCACUGCCAUGAAAUAAGAAGCAGAAGCUAAUAGACGAUAAAAGCAUACAACGAAGACACCAAAACCCUCAUAACCUACGACACGGUCGAAAUCGCUCGUAGAAAGGCUCAUUAUAUCAAGGAAAGAGGUCUCGGUGGCGCCAUGGUAUGUUUUUUCUAUUCUUCUUUUCUUCAUCCCUUCCUUCCCUCACGUCCUCAACCCAUCCCUAUCCAAUAAAUAAUCCAAUAACUAACCCAACCAAAUAGUGGUGGGAAUCAUCAGCCGAUCAUGCCGAGCGUGAAAAAUCUUUAAUCCAUAAUGUGGUUGAUGUCCUAGGAAUCCUAGAGGGAAGUGAUAAUUGUCUUGAGUACCCGGAGAGUAAAUAUGAGAAUUUGAGAAAUGGGUUCUAGGAUUGAGAGACUUAGGGAGGCAGGAAUGGGAUGAGUGAGGUUGUAUGUGAAUUACUUUCUGAUGAAUGGAUGUUUUGUUGCUUGGUUGUAUUUUAACGAUGGAUCAUCGCUGCGUCCAUGAAUCAUGCUCGAAAUUGAGUUGAUGUACUAGAUAUGAAACCUCACUUGUGAUUAUACAAAUCGAGAAGCGCUCGGGCGACUACAAAUAAGGUUAUGUAUGUAAACGACCUUUUGCCGCCCUGUCC